AGGAUGCCUGUGCUAGACAGGUUUAUUAAUUCAACAGAGCUGGGCAGGCUGUGGAGGACAGGGGAAGAGCCGAUGCCCUUUCCCAUGGGCAGCCUGCCCAGCUAUCAGCCGGGGACCUUAGCCUGCGAGUUGCCUGAGAUGAUCAGGAUGGUAAAGCUCAUUUGGAAAUCCAAAAGUGAACUGCGAGGGACCAGGCAAAGAGGGAUUCUGGAAAAUGAAGAUGCUCUGGGCAGUUUAUCAGGAGAUGCACGGGUGAGAGGUCAGACAGGGGUUCUCUCUGAACGCCGUGGUUCCUACCCGUUCAUAGACUUCCGUCUUCUCAACAAUACAACACACUCAGGGGAAAUUGGCACCAAGAAAAAGGUGAAAAGACUGUUAAGCUUUCAGAGAUAUUUCCAUGCAUCCAGGCUGUUGCGUGGAAUUGUACCACAAGCCUCUCUGUACUUACUGGAUGAAGACUACCUUGGACAAGCAAGGCACAUGCUAUCCAAAGUGGGAAUGUGGGAUUUUGACAUUUUCUUGUUUGACCGUUUGACAAAUGGAAAUAGCCUGGUAACAUUGCUGUGCCACCUCUUCAAUGUGCAUGGGCUUAUUCACCAUUUCCAGUUAGACAUGGUUACAUUACAUAGGUUUUUAGUUAUGGUUCAAGAAGAUUAUCACAGCCAAAACCCAUACCACAACGCUGUCCAUGCUGCUGACGUCACUCAAGCUAUGCACUGCUACCUAAAGGAGCCCAAGCUUGCCAACUUCCUCACCCCUCUGGACAUUAUGCUUGGACUGCUAGCUGCUGCAGCUCACGAUGUAGACCAUCCAGGGGUCAACCAACCAUUUUUGAUCAAAACCAACCACCACCUUGCCAGCUUAUACCAGAAUGUCUCUGUGUUAGAAAAUCAUCACUGGAGAUCAACAAUAGGCAUGCUUCGAGAAUCAAGGCUCCUUGCCCAUCUACCAAAGGAAAUGACCCAGGAUAUCGAACAGCAGCUGGGCUCCCUCAUCUUGGCAACAGACAUCAAUAGACAGAAUGAGUUUUUGACCCGGUUGAAAGCUCACCUCGAAAAUAAGGAUCUGAGAUUGGAGGAUGCACCAGACAGACAUUUUAUGCUGCAGAUCGCGCUGAAGUGUGCUGACAUUUGCAAUCCUUGCCGGCUCUGGCAGAUGAGCAAGCAGUGGAGUGAAAGGGUCUGUGAGGAAUUCUACCGGCAAGGUGAUCUGGAACAAAAAUUUGAAUUGGAAAUAAGCCCUCUUUGUAAUCAGCAGAAGGACUCCAUACCUAGUAUACAAAUUGGUUUCAUGACCUACAUCGUAGAGCCGCUCUUUGAGGAAUGGGCCAGGUUUACAGGAGACACUCCCCUAUCCGAAAAUAUGCUAAGCCAUCUCAGGAGGAACAAGGCCAAGUGGAGGAGUUUGCUCCACAAGCAACACAGCAGUAGCCGGAGCAAUGACCACUCAGGUCAAGUGACUGAAAAUGAAGAGCAGACUUUAAAUGAAGGCGACAUCCCAUAG